AUGUAAACAAAGAAGCAUGAGUAAAGUUAGCUUCACUGCUGUGUGGACUGAGCUAUAAAACGGCUGUAUUAUAGUAUGAAUGAGAAAUAUCAGAGCGAUAAAGUAACGAUGUGUUCAGUUGAGUAUCCGAGAGAGUUGAUCAGCGACAGACUAGCUGCUGCUGCUGCUGGAGAAAUAUUCUCAGAGUUUGAAAAAACCAUCGUCCAGUACCAGGAGGAGAUCGAUCGUCAGCACAGACUGCUGGAUGUCAUCUGGAAACCACACAUCCCCUUACAACCCAUAGAGCUCCCACAGUCUUAUGUCUGUGAGAAUGAGAAGACUGUUGUUGACCAUCAGCUCCAUGACCAGGAGAAAAACUCCAUGGUGGACCAUGAGGACCCAGAGCCUCCACGGAUUAAAGAUCAGCAGGAGGAACUCUGCACCAGUCAGGACCAAUCAAACCCAGAGAUUUCUCAAAUUAAAAUGGAACAGGAAGAAUUGUGCUCCAGUCUGCACCAAUCAAACCCAGGGUUACCACAAAUUAAAGCGGAACAGGAUGAACUCUGCUCCAGUCAGGAGGAAGAGUUAAUUGAAUUGAAACAGGAGACUGAUACCUUUGAGGUGACUCCUGCUGAUGAGGAAAGUGACCACAGUGAACCAAAACCAAACAGUGAUCAGCUCCUGUUUCACAUCUCUUGUGUAGCUGAGAGCCCAGAUCAGGAAGGAUGCAAGGAUGUAAACUCAGGAUCAGCUAGAUGCAUCGAGCUGAAACCAAGACAUCAGAGUAACAACAGUCACAGUAAUGAUGUAGACAAUGCUCCAACAUCAGCGAGACAGUGUGAUAAUGACAAGGCAAGAAAAUCUGCAACAUGCGAGGUCUGUGGAAAAGGUUUUAGGCCUAAAUCAAAUUUAAUUAGACAUCACAGAACCCACGCAGGUGAGAAGCCAUAUUCUUGUGAAACCUAUGGGAAAAGCUUCAGUCAACAGUCCCAUUUGACUUACCACAUGAGACGUCACACAGGUGAGAAACCAUAUGUUUGUAACAUUUGUGGAAAAAGAUUUUCUGGUUCAUCAGCACAUUAUAAGCACAUGGCAGUUCACAAAAUGGGAAAGCAAUAUUCUUGUGGAACCUGUGGAAAAAGCUUCAGUCAACGGGGCUCUUUGACUGCCCACAUGAGAUGUCACACAGGUGAGAAGCCGUAUUCUUGUGGAACCUGUGGAAAAAGAUUUUCUCAAUCAUCAACACAUAAUAGGCACAUGGCAGUUCACAACAUGGGAAAGCAAUAUUCUUGUGGAACCUGUGGAAAAAGCUUCAGUCAACGGGGCUCUUUGACUGCCCACAUGAGAUGUCACACAGGUGAGAAGCCGUUUUCUUGUGGCACAUGUGGAAAAAGCUUCAGUCAACGGUCCUAUUUGACUGCCCACAUGAGAUGUCACACAGGUGAGAAGCCAUAUUCUUGUGGAACCUGUGGAAAAAGCUUUAGUCGACAGACCUAUUUGACUGACCACAUGAGAUGUCACACAGGUGAGAAGCCGUUUUCUUGUGUAACCUGUGGAAAAAGCUUCAGUAAACGGGGCUCUUUGACUGCCCACAUGAGAUGUCACACAGGUGAGAAGCCAUAUUCUUGUGGAACCUGUGGAAAAAGCUUCAACCGUAGUCAUCGAUUAAAAGCCCACAUGAGAAUCCACACAGCUGAGAGGACAUGAUCCUGAAACAUCUGUGGAAAACAUAAUGUGAGAAUUAAAGCUGCUGUCCGGAGUUUGAAUCGCAGCGUCUCCCAAAACACUUGUGGUCCCACCCUCCCUCCCUCUGAUUUCGCCCCUUUAUUUGUGCACGCGCGCAGUACAUGAGAGAAGUGCCCAGAGUGCUGCAGCAUCUCGCCUGUUUUGCUGUUUUCCCCUCUUCUACAUUUAGUACAUUUAGUGAAUAAUAAAGGAAUUACGUUAGAAUGCUGUAUUGAGUCUAACUUGUCCUAAUACCAAAAUAACAUGAAUCUUCUAGGACGAACGAGUAAAGUUUCAAUAUGUGAUUACACUCGUGUAUCCCUCUCGAUGACGUUGUUUAUCAAACUUAGUGCAUUUACGCGUGUAUAUGUGUUACAUUGUUUAUUUCUAUCGAGAGUUCAGAAUUGCAUGACUCCUCUGACGAAGAGUAUGCCCCAGACGCCCCAACAUCUUCCUCCAGAGGUCGGGCAUCUAAACGAAGCCGUCAGCCGGGCUAUGGAGGCCGUGGCCGGGGAGCGACGUGAGCACCCCGAGCCAAAAAACGUCCUGCAGUCUCUUGGCCUGACAAGCCGUGGGAUUGGUAACUUUUCUGGAAGUUGCUGAUCCCUGAUGCUCUCUCCUCCACAAGCAAAACAAAUGUGCGCCCGGUUGCGUAGUGCGUAGCUCGCCCACCUCUGCAUGGGCUUGCUUGCUGUGCGCGUAACCGUUGAUUGACAGCAUGACAAAGCUGAAGCUUGAACUUGAUUGGUCGGCAGCGACCGGCGCUUUUUGGAAUAACAUGGGGGUCUAUGAGAGGAAGGCGGAGCUCAGGAAUAAAUUUUCAUAUCGCGUUAUACUAACUUUAUAUUAUAGUAUCGAACUAGACUAACACAUUUAAGCUUUGUUAAAAAAUGAUACAUAAAUUGAAAACAAACGGAAACUCCGGACAGCAGCUUUAAGGUUGAAACAACAUGUAAGAAUUGGUACAGGUUAAAAGUAGAUGUUUUAGAUUUAAAGCAGCUUUAGUCUGUGCUUCAACAACAAUUGUGAGGAAGUAUGUAAGCAAUCCUUGAUGAUUAGACCAGAUGGAGUCUGGACUGUGGUGGUGGUGGAGCAGCAGGCAGAAGAACCAAACUGAAUGUCUGGAUGGAUAUGGUAUUGGUACAGACUGCUACAUUUCUGCUAUCAUGACAUCCUUCAUCAGCAGAGCAGUGAUUGGAGAUAAUGUGAAGCUGUUUGGAACAUUUUCACAUCCUGCUGAGAGAACAUGGCUGUUCAGGUGUGAACAUACUGCUGGAAUCCACUCAGCUUGAGCUCUGCUGUCUUUCUAGUAAAAGGAGGCAACGAGAUACAGAGACAUUGUGACAGUAGAACACAACAGAGUGUGUCACUGUAGCAGAGGAGAUCUGGACGUGAAAUAAAGUUGUAAUAAAAAGUCUACACUCCAUGACUGCUUCAUGAAAUGUUUUGAAUGUUUUCAAACAGAUGAACAUUUACAAGUUGUUUCAUAAUUAAUGUUGAAGAUCCCCAGCAAGAAUAUCUCUGAGUCAGAUAUCAAAGACAUAACCAACAUUAUUAUGUUUUCAAGCAACAGACACGUGGUUUUACUAGUAGCAGCUGAUACACUCCUGCAAAUGUCAAAACCAGAAAUGUUAAAAACAGGUGAAGCUGUGCUGCAGUUUCUGCUGGUUACAUAAAGGUCUUAUGCUAUUUAUUUCUUCUAUUGUCACCACAUAGGUCAUCUGUGUGAUUUGUUAGUAGGAUCUCAUUGUGUCGUCAUACAGCACAUUGAACCCUUGUAUUGUCUGAACGUCCUGAACACUCCUCCUGUCCUCAGGGUCAAAAAUGACCUGCCUCCACUGAGCCUCUAAAAUAGAGCAGCUUAAUUGAAUUUUUAACCAAAAAUCUAUUUUACAUGAAGAAACAACCUGUCAUGCAUCACACACUUUGUGAAUGCCUGUUUUUGCUUCCUCAGAGGGUAGAAAGACUGUAUUUAAUCAGUGAACACCAUUCGUUUUUAUACCAUUGUUCAUGCUGUAACUGUUUUCUUUCUUUAAGUAGAGGUUUAUUAUCACUAUUAUUGCUGCUACAGGUACUGCAUAGGUGUAAACAUUUCUUGUUUUGCAAGAGAUAAUACUUCUAUAGCCUAAUAAAGUACCAGAAAUGUGCAGAAAUGAACUUGAAAUGCAUUUUUGAAGGGAAACAACAGUGUACUGUAUACUGUACAAUGGAAUAUAAAACUACAAAACUCAACUACCA